AUGGGCGGUAGCGCUGCUCGUGGCGGUCGUGGCGGGAAGCAUUCGGCGCAACAGUACCUCCGCGCCCUCUACGCCCUCCAAGCCUUCUCCUUCCCCUUCCCGCUCAUCUCGCUCAUCCCCCGCAUCCCGCUCAUCCCACUCCUCAACCUCCGCGCGAAGCAGUCGACGCAGCCGGACAGCCGCGCCCUUAUUGCCUUCCCCUUCUCCUUCCCGCUCAUCCCGGUCAUCCCGCUCAUCCCACUCCUCAAGCUCUGCGCGAAGCAGUCGACGCAACAGAACCUCCGCACCCUCUGCGCCCUCCCCGCCUUCGCCCCCCCCCUCCUCUUCCCGCUCAUCCCACUCCUCGACCUCCGCGCGAAGCAGUCGGCGCAACAGUACCUCCGUUCCCUCCUCGCCUUCCCCCUCCCCCUCCGCGCGCAGCAGUCGACGCAACCGAACCUCCGCACCCUCCGCACCGUCCCCGCCUUCACCCUCCCCCUCCUCUUCCCCUCCCCCAUCAUCCGACUCCGAGAGCUCCGCGCGAGGCAUUCCCGCCCGUCGCCCUCCGCACGAAGGAGUCCGCGCAAGCGCACCCCCGCGCCCUCCGCACCUUCCCCGCCCUCCACCUCCGAGUCCCCCGCGCCGGAGACGCCGGGGAGCGGCGGCACGGGGUCGCACAGGACAGAGGAGUCGGUGGGGGGCGUUGGCGGCGCGUCCCCGCUAACGACGCUGACGCUGCUGCCGGACAAUCCGUACAAGGCCAAGUGCCUCGACGGCAGUCCCCCGGGGUAUUACUUCCGCCAAGGCGUGGGCACCGGCGCGAGCAACUGGCUGAUCGAUCUCCCCGUGGGCGGGUGGUGUACCACCGUCCAGGAAUGCGCGAAGCGCGCGGGGACCGAGUUCGGCUCCACGCGCCGCUGGCCCAAAGUGCUCGGCGGAGGAGGCGCGGCCGCCUCCGCCGCUUCCGCCGUGGCGGACGCCGUGUACCAGUAUUCGGUGACGGCGGCGGGCGUAAGGGGGUCGUCGCGCGGCAUUUUGAUCACCGAUCCGCGCGUGAACCCCACGUUCCACAUACUCGUCCAUUCCCCCUUUCCCACUCCUCCCCCCGUUUCCUCCUCGCGCAACCGCAGCAGGCGUAAGGGGACGGCGGCGGGCGCAAGGUCGUCGUCGCGCGGCAUCCUGAGCACGGACCCGCGCGUGAACCCCACGUUCCACAACUGGAACCUCGUGCGUUUCGUGUACUGCGACGGCGGCGGGUACGCCGGUCGAGUGCGGUGGAAGCCGGUGAACUCGAGCCUCAUCGUGUACCUAGACGGAUGGAGAAUAUCCAAGGCUAUCUUCAUGGAUCUCCGCACGCGGCGCGGGCUGACGUCCGCGACGAACAUCAUCAUGUCGGGGAGCUCCGCGGGCGGGCAGGCGGUGGUGACGCUCUGCGACCAGCUGGCGGAGAUGGCGCCCGCCGCGCGCACCAAGUGCCUCAUGGAUUCGGGCUUCUUCAUUGACUCCCCCGACCGCGCGGGGGUGUACUCUUUCCGCGCCAUGGCGCAGCGCCUGGUGGGGCUGCACCAGUCGCUGGGGAACCCGCGCUGCCAGCGGGCCUUCCCAGGCAUGGAGAGCUGGCGCUGCUUCUUCCCCCAGUAUGCUCUCAACUUCGUCAAAUCGCCGAUCUUCGUCCUCCAAUCGCUCUUCGACGUGCGAUCCCUCGCUCUUGCCAAAAAUGCCCCUCCGAAAGUGUAG